GACGUGAUACCGGGCAGAGCCAGCCUACUGACGAUACCGUGGCAUCAAGACAGCGAAUUGAGAAUCCUCGGAAUCUACGCACCUAAUGACGAAAAGGAAAACGCAGAAUUCUGGCGCACCCUACAACGCACAUGGCGCACGAGCCGCCUCCCGAAACCGGACAUGAUGAUGGGGGACUUCAACGUCGUGGAGGACAAGAUCGACCGGCUCCCAAUGCACAAAGAUAACGGAGAAGCGACGGAGGCGCUCCGGACCCUCAAAGCAAAAUUCAACAUGCUGGAUGGAUGGCGAACGGACUAUGACGACGUACUUGCCUAUAGCUAUACCCAAAUCGCGACAGGGGCACACUCGCGCAUCGACCGCAUAUACGCCACAGACGAAACCCUACGGGGCUGCGAUCGAUGGGAGAUUGAGCACCCAGGUGCGAUCGAAACAGACCACAAACUUGUCUCCGUCAUGUUCACAGACACAAGCAAACCCUACAUAGGCAAAGGCAGAUGGUCAAUGCCGACGAACAUGAUACGAAACGCGAAGCUAGCGAAGGACAUACUCCAGUUGGCCAACACCACACAGAAAGACGUAGAGCGCGCCUGCGCGCUCAGGAAUAGAUCGCCCACUUGGAACCCGCAGACCUUGUGGGCGAAGUUCAAGCGCGACGUACAGAGCGCGGCACGGGAAAUACAACGAGGGACAAUGCCGAGACUAGACAGCGAAAUAGCACGACUCGAAGAACAAUUAGACGACCUCCUGAACGACACGGACGUACAGGAGGAGGAGAGAGCCAUCCAGGGAGCC